GCGUGAGGUAUUAAGUGCUAUAGUUUUUGUGUGUUUGUUAAUCACGCGGAACUGGUUUUCCAAUUCUGGUUUUCCGAUUCUGUGGUUAUAACCUUCACCGCAUGACGCUAGCGUUCACUCUGUCGUGUCUGUAUAAAAAUCGGCAGCGCUGCAACUUACAGCCAUUGUUUCAUUGAGAGUCAGUCUCGUUCAGCUCAUUUCAAAGUGAAGUUCAGAUCCGUUCAGAUCUGCUGCAAGGAAAAAAUAAGUGAAGAAUGGAUGACUAUAUUGACGAUAUUCCGAUUCAGUAUCUCUUAGUGGCUGGUUUCAUAGUUUUUUUCAUUUGUAUCACGCUCUCCCUGUCGCUUUACUACUUUUGUUGUUACCGCCCGAAAGCCAAUCGCCGAAAAGCCCACAAAAUUCAGCGGCUGCAACUGAUGCAAGAACAACAACAGCCAGCACCAGCCGCUGUCGUCUCCGUUGACUCUCAUCGUACUGCAGCAGCAGACCUUCAUCAAACUGAAACUCAGCAGUCAAGAGCUGGUGAUGUCACGAUGACGCAAGAAAUUCCUGCUCAUGUGUCUUUGAUAAUGGAAUACGACGUUCGCUACGCUCCCCCACCUUAUUACGCAAAAGAAGAAGACCUACCACCGCGUUAUUCAGAAAUUCAAACUCCCGUUGAAAUAAUGACCGAGAAACCGGCCUCUAGCAACUGGUAGAAUUCUUUCAAGGACAUUCUCUUGACUCGUCGAUGGUGCGCUUUAUUACGUGGUCGGAGUUGUAUCAUCUGCGAUCUGCACAUAAAUCACAAAGCUGAAAUCCCAAAUAUUGGAGUCUCAAUGUUGUUUUAAGUACAAAUACGUUCCAUAACAAUAACCCAAAGUUUGAAAGUGGAAUUGUCAACAUUCGUGCGACUGGAAAAAAAAUCAGAUCACAACAUAUAAAAGAUGUCAAGGUUUUGUAACGACAAUUAAGCUAAUUUGCUGCACCUCAUUAAAAUAUGAAAUACUGUAGAUAUAUCUGAGUUAUC